AUGGCCGAUGCGCUCGCAAGACCGAUAGCACCAACGAACUCAAACUCCCUAUCGAUGCCACCUCCCACAACUGCUCCUGCUCCUGUUCCCGCUCCUGCACCCUCCGCCGCACCGACAGAACCUCAGUCCACCACCGAGCCUGCAUCGAUAUCCGCACCUGCGCCACUAGCACCAGAACCUACCUCCGCCCCCGCAUCCACAUCAGCCCUAGUGCCAACAACAGCACCAGCGCCAGCACCAACAUCAUCACCAACACCCGCCCCCACCCUGCUCACAACCCUCCAAUCCCAAAUCGACGCCCUGACAGACUUCAGCUCCCGUCUACAAUCCCUGCGCGCUCUUCCCCCUCUCAUCCUCCGUUCCUCCGGCCUUAGCACCAGACCGCUCAACAGCACCAGUCUAUCCAACCUCUCCAACGUAAAUAAUGUAAAUGGCGUGAAUGUGAACGUUGGGGCGCCGGCUUCGGAACAGGUUCCGCUGGCGCAGACCGUGAAGAGGGUGUUGGAGGAGAUGAAGAACGUGAAGGGGUCGUUGGUGGGUGGGAAGGUACAAGAUGCUCUAAAAGCUGCGGAGGAGAGCGAGAAGAGGGAGGGGUUGGAGGGGAUUGGGGCUGGUGUUCGGGGAAGAGGGAGGAGAGAGGUCAGGAAGAGGAGACGUUCCCCAACACCAGAAUCCCCCCGUCCCUACCCCGCUUUCCACCCCAAACCGACCUCCGUCUUCCCCGACCUCCCACCACACUCAAAACCCCUAUCCCUCUCCGCACUCCCGUCGUAUAUCAGGGAAUUCAACGCGUCCGCCGCCUCGGGUACGGCGAGACUGCAUGUAUGGUACUCUUCUGACCGACUGCGGCCGGCGUCUGCUAGCGAGCUGAAGACGCCGUUGGUUUUGCGGUUCUUGAUUCCGGAUGUUGUGAAGGCGUAUCUGACGGUUGGGAUUGCGUCUGAGAUUGAUGAGGCGGGCGAGAGUGGGAAGGAUGAGAAGAGGAUGAGGAUGGCUGUGAAUGGGAGGACAAAAGCUAUAGGAGAUGGGCGAGGUGACGGGGAGGGGAUGAUAGUGGUGGAGAAUAUCACGACGUUUGGAUCCAGAGAACAAAAACCACCACAUUCACAGUCUGAAUACCUCGUAUUCCAGAGACUGAGCCAGCAUCUACUGAGGAUGGUCCAGUCGACCCCUCGCGUCCCUUUCCAAACACUUGCGACGAUGAUGGUCUCUUACCAAACCCUCUUCUCGACGCAUUGCACGGUGUGUCAACGCGUGUUGUCGAGCGAGGGAUAUAUUCCGCCUGUUGCGAGGAUUUGGAGGCAUGAGCAGGAGGAUCCGGAGGAAGGGCAGAUGCAGUUGACGGUGCAGGGGCAGGGGCAGGGCCAAGGGCAAGGGCAGGAGCUACAACCCCUUGAUACGAAUGGUGCGAUGGGUGCGAAUACGAAUGAGGUGGGUGCUGGGGGUGCCGUCGCUGUUGUGGCUGCGGAGGGAGUAGCAGUGCCAGGCGGGGAGCAGCUGAGCAUUGCAAGUCGCGAGGAGGGCGAGGGCACUCUGAAGGGGGGAUGGGAGGCUAGGCAUGUUACGUGUUUGAAAUAGGAGGGGUUGUUUUUUUGGCCUCAUUCGACCAGGGGAACGAACGGUGUCGUUAGUUGACGUGCCAUCCACAUCGCGAUCUUACGUUCGUGCCACAG